AUGGUCCUAUGCAUAGUUGUUGGCUGCUCAAAUAGAUCUGGGAGAAACAAAGACGUCUCGUUUUACCGUAUACCAGUGAUUCGAACCACGAGAAGUGAACGGGAAUUCCAACUAAGUAAAGCUCGAAGAGAGGGAUUUCUUGCAGCUAUUUCUAGGCAGAACUUGACAAACAGCAAGCUUGAAAAUGAAAGAAUUUGUUCCCGCCACUUUGUCACAGGCAAACCAGUAGACCUCUUUGAUGAGACAAACCCCGACUGGUUUCCCUCACAAUUAUUGGGUCAUUCAAAGAAAGCAAGAAACCCCAAGAGUGUUGAAAGGUACCAGAGGAGGUUGGCAAGGCAGGAGAAGACAUCAGAUCAGAUGCCAUGUCAUGUGAAUGUAGAACCAGAAAUAUACGAUGUGAAGGAAAAUGAGCAGGCAGAUGAUUUUCCUACAGAUCAUAUUGAUGGCUUACGAAAAGAGUUGGCGGUAGCUUACUCGACAAUAAGCAGUCUCAAGCACACCAUUCAGCGGCUUUCUCCUUUCACAGAAGAUUCAAUGCAGUCAUCCACUGAUGGGUUCAUUCAGCACUACACUGGUCUCCCAAAUUUCAAAGUUUUGAAAGCAAUGUUUGAUUAUGUUACACCACAAGACAUGCGCACUAAAUUGUCAAGAUUCCAAGAGUUUAUGGUCGUAUUGAUCAAACUAAGAUUGAACUUAUCUAAUGAAGACCUGUGUUACCGGUUUGAUGUCUGUCGUUCAAUCAUUUCCAGAAUACUGUCACGUUGGCUGACAAUCUUAGAUGCUGAGUUACAGCCACUAAUUUUGUGGCCUGAUAGAGACAUUUUGAGAAAGACUAUGCCGGAAUGUUUCCUGUCCUCAUUUGGAGAAAAAGUGGCAAUUAUUAUCGACUGUUUUGAAAUUUUUGUUGAAAGGCCUACAAAUCUUUUAGCUCGAGCAUGUACUUGGUCCCAAUACAAACACCACAACACGGUAAAAUUCUUGAUAGGUAUAGCACCGCAAGGCAUCAUCUCAUUCAUUUCAGAUGCGUGGGGAGGCAGAGUCAGUGAUAAAUUUUUAACUGAGCACUCUGGAAUUCUCAACAAGUUAUUGCCUGGAGAUGUGGUGCUAGCUGAUAGGGGAUUUGACAUUUUAGACUCAGUUGGAAUGCAGCAAGCUAAGUUGUGCAUUCCUGCCUUUACAAAAGGAAAGGAUCAACUAGCUGCAAUUGAAGUGGAAGAAACCAGAUUAAUAGCAAACGUCCGCAUUCAUGUAGAGAGAGUCAUCGGCUGUGUACGGCAAAAGUUUACCAUACUGAAGGGUACGCUACCAAAGGAUUACAUCACAAGGCAUGCAGCUGAAGACUGUCCCCUCAUCGAUCGAGUUACUAGAGUUUGCUGUGCCCUAUGUAAUGUUUGUGACUCAGUUGUGCCAUUUGACUAG